AUGUCUCUCCUCAACCUUCCCAAUGAGGUACUACUUCUCAUCAUUGAAAGCCUACCAAACGCGGAGGAUGUUCUUUCUAUAUUAAGGGCAAGUUCCCGUAUUUACGCCAUUCAACAAAUGGGUCCCCUAUACAAACAUGAUAUUAAAGUCUCUGGAGGCUCAUCGCUGUUAUGGUACUCGCGACAUGGAUAUAAAUCAGCUAUAGAGGCACUGCUUAAAAGGGGCGCUGAUGUAGAGUGCAGAGACGGAGAUAAGGAUGGUCAAACACCCCUGAUACUUGCCGCUUCUUCCGGACAUUUGGAUGUGGUUAGAUUAUUGAUUGAACGGGGUGCCGAUCUUCACAGUGAAGGUUGUUACGGCUAUACACCCGUGAUAUGUGCCGCCAAAAAUGGACACGAGGAUGUGGUUGGGCUGCUGCUUGCAAUGGGUGCUUACGUUCACCGUGGUGAUUAUGGUGGUGGCACACCACUAAUACAUGCUGCAAUAAACGGACAUGAGGGUGUCGUCGGACUUUUACUUGAAAACGGUGCUGGUCUCGAGGAUAGCGAUGACGCUGGUCUCACACCCAUGAUAUACGCUGCUAAAAAUGGACAAGAGGGUGUGGUUAAGCUGCUACUUGAGAAAGGGGCUGAUCUUAUGCGUGGAGAUGAUCAAGGUCGCAGACCACUGGCAUAUGCUGCCGCCGGAGAGCAUGAGUGUGUAGUCAGACUGUUGCUUGAAAAGGGCGCUGAUCCUGGGCAUGGAGAUGGCACUGACCCCAGUCAUGAUUCCAUACCCCUGCUGAGUGCUAUCAUACAGGGGAAUGAACAUGUGGUCAGGCUACUACUUGAUAAUGGCGCUGAUCUAGAGUGCAGAGACGAGGAGGGCUUCACGCCACUGAUCUGGGCUACUUUACAGGAACAUGUUGGUAUAGUCCAGCUGCUACUUAAAAGUGGUGUUAAUCUAAACUGUCAGGAUGAUGAGGGCAGUACAGCACUGAUAUACGCUGCCAGUUAUGGUUAUGAGGAUCUGGUUAUGUUGCUCCUUGACAAGGGUGCUGAAGUGCAAAAACUCGUUUGGCAUGACAGCACUCGAGUGUGCUGCCCAGGGUGA